AUGACAUCUUUAGAUUUAGUAGAAAAAUUAUUGAAUACAAAUUAUGAAUAUGAUGGUAAAUAUGAACCUAACCAAAAAGGCACAUCACAAGAACAAAUAAAUAUUAAUGAUAAGAGCGUUAUUUCAUUAGAUAAGUCAUCGAAUCCAAUAUUAUCGGAUGGAGAAAACAUCUUACCAUCAGUUACUACUGGUUUAAAAAAUGACAUAUCACAAAAAGUCGAUAAUAAAGCAGUUUUAUCAAAUUUAAUUCCGCCACAAAUGGAUUCAUCCAUCUUAAAUCUAGAAGAAAAUAAUCUUGUUCAAAAUCACAUUGGGAAUGAAAUGAAUUUAGAAAAAGAAUAUGGAGGAGGAGAAGAAGAAGAAGUAAUAGUUGUUCUCGAUCCAAAUAAACCACGAAAAGUUACUGAAAAAAUAAGUCUUUCCAAUAAUAUUAUCCGUUUGGUACGUGGUCCAUUCAAAUGGAUGAUUCGUGGCUUAAUGUAUGCUGCUGAGACAUCCGCAGAAGUAGUGGGUAACAGCAAGACUUCUAUGGGAGCUGUGCAACGAGGAUUAAAUAGACAGAAAGAAAAUGCAAUCGAACAUCAAACUACCUAUAAUCCAUUUAAACCUCCGUAUACUGAAUUGACAUCAGAUUGGAAAUUUGAGAGCGAAAAUUCUGAUCAAGGUUUAAGUAGUGUAACAGUAUGGAUACGAGAUCCUCAAGGUCGACGAAUUUUACUUAAAACAGAAGAUCAUCCAUUAUCUGCUGCUAAUGAAUGGUUAUGUUAUGUUUUAGGUCGUGUAGUUGGUUUGCCUGUAAACGAAGUACAGAUUGCAAUGUAUAAAGAUUUUCUAGUGACUUUGCAUACAGAUGUUGCUCGUGAAGAUGAAAAAAUGACUACAUUCAUGGACUUACCAAAACAAAAAAGAGAGAUACUUUUGGGUGAACCAAUAAUUGCGUGUAUGGAUUUUUUUGACCGUAUAACACAGGAUGCAGAUCGUAAUCAACGAAAUAUUUUACUUACAAUGCCAAAGACAACUGAUAUUAAUGAUGAUAAUGCAAAAUUAAGGGUACAUUUUGUUGAUCAUGGAGCUUGUUUUGGCAUGGCUAAACUUAAUGGUAUUAGUGUUAUAGGCACUAAAUAUCAACAUAAUCAUCUUGCAGUAGUUGCAUAUGAUCCGAAAGUGAAAUCAAAACAAUUCGAAGAAUAUCUCAAGCAACUUCCAAUAGCAGAUCGUCCUUUAAUUGGCAAAACAUUAUAUCGUUUUGCAUCGAUUAAUAACAAUCAGUUUGAUAGUUGGAUUACUGGCAUAGAGGAUCUACUAACAUCUAGUCAAUACAAUCGUAUAAUUACUGUCUUAUAUCAGCAACGAAAUAUUGCAAGACGCUAUGUAGCCAAAUGGGGUAUUUAUCCAGAACCUAGUGUAAAGACAAUUUACAAUCUUUAA